AGCUCCGCCGUGGCCUGUAUUACACCUUUUUACCCUUCCCACCACCAUAAGCUGCCAUGCUAAUUUGGCCGCAUACGUGCCGGCUUUGUCGCAAGUUGAGGCUAGCAGGGCUGGCGUGUGCACUCGUCCGACCUACGCCAUACCGAGGUGCUUCUGAACUUGAUUUGGAGAGCAAAAGUUAUGCUUACAUUCUCAAGAUCGAGAGCUCGAACCAACUCGCUUUGAGCUUAAGGCGGUGUGUUCGAGGACUGCCACAUCCGAUGCUCGGAGGAGGGGUUCACAUCAUUGUGGUCCUUCUUGCACGCUUACUAAAUACCGGUACUGGUAACUAGCGUCCGAACUCAAAUUGGACGUCCUGGCCAAGCUUCCGACAUGUCACAUACGCCACACAAGCAUCACAUAUCGAUUACAGAAAAGCUGCCAAGAAUGCCUCUGUUGUAAGAGCUAGGCUACGGCAUCCGAGGAGCCCAAUCUAC